CCUUCGCAGGGGAUGGUUCACGCGCGCGCGUUCUUUCCUUCUCUCUGUAUAUUAUAAAUUGUGCACAACAAAAACAACACAUCACAUCACAUCAGCUCGGUUUAGGCAGUCUACGUCGUGUGUAUAUUGGUGUGCUACACCGAAGGAUUCGCUCUGAGGACACACACAGAACGACGCACAUCCACACCAAGACCGGGCGGUGGCAGACAGAUAGUCGAGAAUUCUACGCCAGCCGCUCUGCUGCUGCUGGGUGGUAGCCGAAAAUUUUCCUCCCUGUUCUAUCCUUUGGAAUUUUUCCUGUCCGUCUUCUACGGUGUCGGUGGAAAUAUUUGUCGAUCCGGGAAGUGUGGAAUCUUUCGCUUAUCUCCAAACUGUCCUAUUUGCAAGUUCUGUGGACGUCUUUGAAGUUUUUAACGAAUCUGUAAAUCAGGUGAAUCGAGUGAAAUAUAAAACCACCUUUCCGUCCUCUCGACCUUACGGCGUUUUUCACCUCCUCCCUCUGUGGCUGUGCGUAAUAGGUCGGAUUUUCGCGUGUGUCUCGCUCGGUCGGUGGCGAAUUAUUUCGUGUACAUGUGAGAAAUAAUACGCGUUGGCGAUGGCUUUUUGAAGGUUAGACAUCGAAACACCGCACUACGCACGAGUGCACGGAAAGAAGCCCGUUGUUCGCAGUGUGUCCUGUGACUGUGCAAAGAAAACUGUGUACCCACCGAAGAAGACACACGUAAGGAGUGCGGGUGAAAGAGAUAAAAAGGAAAAGUUGUUUUACAAACACUGCUAUUCGGGGAAAGUUUUGCAGGGCAGAAGAAAAACAGUGCGAUUGGAUGGGAGAAUAAAUUGAAAAUCAAAUACUGCAAAAUCAAGCAAACAAAAUUAAAUUAAACGAGCCAUCGAGGAAUCACUGAAAGGAAGAGGCGUCCGGUGAAUGGUAGAGGAAAAUCACCCGAGGGCGAAAAAAGUUCUGUUUCCAAUUUUUACGCUCGAUCGGAGGAGAGCCAACAGCAGCGGUUUCUGUGUGUGAGUUUUCCGAAUGAUUUCAAUCUGCGUCUGUGUUGUGGCUCGCGAGAAAACGUCGCGGCGACACUAAGGACCGGAAAUUGUGUCCGCGUACGUACGAGUGGCAAGCACAUCGCGGCAACGGCUGUGGUGGCCAGUGUCGAAGAAUACAAGUGAAAUUUUUUGCUGCUCCUUAGACGAUGGGUGAUGGUUGUUGUCGACUGUAAAGAAGUUAAUUUGUGUGGAUGCCGAUGAUUGUCUCGGGCCUGCAUCGGAUAGGGAGGGAAUUUUUUUUCGCAAGAGAUCACAGCGUGGCAAGAGAUUGGGAGUGAUACAAACGCCGCUAUCAGCUCAGGACCUUUUGGGCUCAUACCCCAGUACCGUCUAAUGGUGUCGGCUUUCGGGUGGAAUGCAUUGCGUUGCCAGGAUUCCGGCGUGUCAGCCUCACCAGCGAGGGGAAAGGUUACCGAGUGAUAAAAACCGGAACAGUCAACGACAACAGCAAUUACUCAACUGUGAAUGCCAAGCGUAAGAUCUCGUGUGCCCAUCAGUGCCGCAACCAACGCUAAAAGGGAGAGCAUAAAUUACAGCAAAUGACCAUUGGCAGCCUGCAGGACCCUGUGGAGCACAUAAAGCAAAUAAAUAAUCAUCAUUAUUAUCAUAAAAUAUAAAACGCACAGUUUGGUCCAUACCGCAGUUGACGCUUCGCCAGGUUCAACUGUGUCAAGUGUGCUACUAGACGGGGGGUGAAAAAGUGCAAGCGGCGCAUAACACAGCAGCGCUCAUUAAGCCAUAAAAAAACUAGUGAAUAAUUUAGUGUAAGAGUGUACUGAGAAUGAAGCGAUAAAAAUUAAAGAGCAUUUAAUGAAAAUUUGAGUACACAGAAGAGCCACAUCCACUCUAGUGCUGGAGGGUUGGGAAAAGUUUCUGCUUCAUCCGCUCAGGCACAAUCUACUGCUACCUAUAUCCUUCUCCUUCUGCUCUGAAGUGGCCCAGAAGACCCUUUUCUGCAGGCUAGAUGCGAACAUCCGGCCCGAGUGUAUGAGUGUGUAUGUGAGCAAAAAAGUCAACACAGCAGAAAUUAGAGACAUCCUGCUUCCCACCGUUGCUCGUCGCAUACCUUCAGUCAUUCCUGUCCAUUGCACCCAAAACUAAUUCUGCCGUUCAUGGGAUUAAAGUGUUUAUUCUAGAACGUCGACUACAUACUUUAUCGCCAUCCUUUCUGGUUCUCUACUGUGUGUGUGAGCAAAGGCUCAACUUUCGGUCCCGCACUCGAGCAUAAGCCAGUUAUCUCAUCUAGCAUCACUUUACUGGCAGAAUCGGUAACAAAUCGGCGCAUAACUGUGCUCUAGAUAAUCGCUUCACGUGUGCGAAUUGCUAUUUAGCAGAAUUAGUGUUGCGUUCGACGCGCUUUUCCUGUCGAUUGCCGGGUUUCCUUGUUGCAUGUGCCAAGGAUUGAUGGAUUACACUCGACGCUAAGGAACCAGGUGAUGACGUCAUGAUACCAACACUGGAUCAACGAAUUUGGAUUAUAUUUUGUUGGUACCUUGUCUUGCAAUGUUUCUUCACCGGCCAACACACCAAUGCUGCCAGCAGCAGUGGCUCAGCAGCAGACCGGAGCCUUCGAUUGUUAGAUGACAGCGAACUCGCUCUGCUUGGCAUCUACCGUCAGCAUCCAGCCAGCGAUGAAACUGCUGGCAGCUUCUCCUCCGUUUCCCGCUCCAGCGGUGUCCCUUCACCGAGAGCCCACGAGGCUCCUUUCUUGUCCGGUCCGGGCAGCACUAGGAUAAACAAUAAUCGUAAAAUUAAUUUAGUGUCUUACACGGCGAGUAUAGAUAAUAUUUUGAACAGCUUCGAAGACGAGAAUGACGACGACAACGACGAGGACGAUGAUGACGUUGUCAAUCGGCGCUUCGAGCUCGGUGACCAUCGGAUCGUCACCACGACGAGUGCCAAACCGUAUGAACGGAACCACGAGGCUGACGUGCGAUCCGAGAAAGCUGCCCAGCCGGCGCGGCACCGGCUGUUAGUUAAUCAAAUUGUCCAAAAAUACUAUCCCAACCAGCGUCGCCACCGGCGGUCUCUCUUGCUGCGCCGAUCGGCCAGAAGCAUCCAGACCGACCCGGAAUCCGGCGAUUCGAAGCCAAAGUCGGACGAAGCUUUUGCGUCCUCCUCUUUCUCCUCUCUCGUCACACUAUCACCCAGUUCUAUUUCUACGACUACACCACCGCCAAUUGUUUCCGCUGGCCACCAGCGGACACGUAUCGAACCUGUUGUACAUGAACCUUCCAACCAGAUGAGUAGUAGUAAUUAUAACCAAAACAGUGAAUACGACAAACCAGAAAAGAAUGGGAAGAUGGCUGUGACUGAUAUUAUUAGGAGUAAUAAUAGUGAACAUAAUUUUGCUAGCAACUUGACGCUCGCUAAUGUCGGGCAUUCAUCAUCGGGUAACAACAGAGCGAGUGCGGGGGUAGCAUCCGGGACCUUGUCACAGACUCGAACGCAAGAUGCUGCCGGUCCGGAAGUCGAGCACCAAACGGAAACCAAGUCGGUGAAGAUAAGAACGGCGUUGGGUGAAGAUAGUGCCACCCACCAGCGCCUGCCAGUUCCGGAGACUAAUACAUCAACUCAGAGCGCAGUUAUAUCAACACAAACAGUGACAGCGACAGUCAACGGAAGAGCGGCAGAAGUGGUUUCACCGGGGGUGAGUGCCGUUGUAGAACGAACAAUAACACCACGGGAACAUUUGCCACGAAAUAGCUACAGUGCUACUAACGUCGACAGUUUCAAUUUGCUCGACGUUGGCGUUCCCGUCAGUAACAGUAGCGAACGGAUGACAGUAGCGGCCAUCGGCGGUGUAGGUGCGGUGGAUUCCUCGUCGACGCACACCUCCGAACCGAAGCAGCACGAAACACGAACCAGCAAUAACAUAUUUGCUGGUGAAAACUUUGACGAGCAAAUUAUUUUCCUCAACGGUGGCGAUUUGCUCGAAGCCAGUCCAGAGCAGUACGACAUGCGCCAGUUCGGCAAAGUGGAGCGGGACAUCGGGAUGAGCGACUUGAGAAACAUUAACCCGUUCCUCAGCGAUGAACCGAUUGCGCUGCCUUUGCGGCCCAUUAUCCGGGGUCCGACGGAUGAUCAUACCGAGGACAACGUGGUCGUCAUCUACGCCGAGCAGCACGAAACCGUUACGCUGGCCUGCGAAGUGGACGCGGACAUCACUUCCAGCGUGUGGCUCAAGGAUGGCCAGAUGGUGCACAUCAUGGACAAAAAGUCACGAACCGAUGACGUUCGGUUUGUGCGAGAAUCACACGGUGGCAUCACCAUCCGCAACGUGAUGCUGGAAGACGACGGCGUGUGGCAGUGCGAGGCGGAGAAUGCCCGGGGCUUCUUCUUCAAUGGACGGCCCAUCAAGCUGGUUGUGCUGGAUCCCCCCAAGGAACCGUACCUGCUGAUAGACCAGCGGCGCCUCGACGCAGGAAACAUGUUCAUCCCAGUGAAGGAAAACUCGGAACUAACGCUGGCCUGCGUCAGCGAGGGCGGAAAUCCGAAACCCUCGCUUAGCUGGGAAGUACUACUAAGUCCUGGAAUCGACCGUCACGCACAAAAAAUCUCCAACGAUGUGCUAGAACUGCAGGAGAUUAAGCGAGACAAGGAUAAGGAACCCUACAAAAUAAACACAGGUGCUAUUUCGGAAGCGAAACUUCCGGCAGUCUUUCGUGUGCAUCAUAACGCGCGCAUCCUCUGCGUUAUGGAGCACCCGACGCUCAAAAUGCGUCAAAACGCUUCCAUUCUACUGGACGUGCAGUAUACGCCCUCAUUCGCCAUCACCCGGACGCCUGGCUUCGGUUACCCGCUGCGGGAAGGCAUUGAGGUGUCGCUCAAAUGUGACGUCGACUCUAAUCCACCGUCGACGCCGGUCUGGCAGAAAGAUGACGGUGAAACACCGGUGCCGCAGACUGGCGACGGAUUCCUCAAUUUCAGCUCGAUUAGACGCGAACAUUCGGGCUGGUACAAGUGCACCUCGCGGCACCUCAACUUCCAGUACUCGAGCAUCGGAUACUACCUAAGCGUGCGAUACGAUUCGGUUGAUGUGACAUCGGAACCGGUAGAACAGGAUCUACCGUUGUCCUCGUCGUCGUCCUCCUCGUCGGCAACUUCAGCAGCCGCCGGUCUCCAGCUUGGUGCUAAUAACUUCAAAGGUGGCCAAAUGGAAGUAGAACUCGGUGGCUCCGUCACGCUUCAGUGUCCCCAGGGUUCACUCGGUUGCUGGUCCCAUUUGGAUCCGAUAACGGCCCGGCUCAAGGGACUCGGCGUCGGCAUCUCCACGCCGACUGGCCAAUUUUCGCUGAAGGACGUCGUCUACCAGGACGCUGGGACGUACAAGUGUGUCGGCCAGAGUUCGACCAAUCGCAAAAAGCUCGAAGUACUGCAAACGGUUUCGAUUGCUGUUAAAGGAGCACCGACAGUGAUUGCCCGGAACACGACUCCGGUGGCCUUUCCGGGUUCACCACUGCACCUCUCCGUGGAGUUUUGUGCCAACCCGCCGGCCUAUGCAGCUCGAUGGUUGCACGGUGAUCUGGUUUAUACGCCCGGCAAAAAGUACGGAGACGACGUACUGGCCUAUGGAUUUAUCGACCUGCCGACACCAUUCUGCAAGGAGGCACGUCUAACCUACGUGCACAUGCACGAGAAAGUUCCUCGUACGUUCUAUUUCAUCGUAUCAUCACCAGGUGGCGUUGCGGAAGCGAUCUUCAACGUGAACUUUACGCUGAAGCACAAAACCACCGGUUCCUCGUUGUCCUCGUUCUCCGCAUCAUCGGCGUCCUCGUCCGGUGGUUCAGUGGGAAUAUUCGGAUCAGCCUCAUCGUCCUUCCCAUCGGUGUCCUCUUCAUCGUCAUCAUCCUCAUCGUCGGCAUCCGCUUCCGGUGGCGGAGGCCUCAGCAGCGGUGGCUCCGGCUACAAAAUCAACACCAACACCAUCAACAACAUGCCCAACAACGGCCUGGACGAGGACGAGGAACUGAUGGAACCGGAAGAGAUUCAUUUUCCCAUCUUUGGCUCGGGUGCCAACGGGCCGUCACUGCUCAUCUGUAAGCAUUACUCUACUCUUUAUCGUUGUUACUCCGUACUCCUAGCAUUGUUGACGUGUUUUAGAUAUGUUUUAUUAAAGUAUUAAUUAAAGCGUCAUUACACGAGUUCCGGAUGCCGGAAGUAGCGCGCGAGAGAGGGGUCGAACGCGAAAACUGUCCCGCGUGAAAAUCGCGACAAAUCCCCGCAUACUAGCAAACGGUAGGGACCCGCAAGUGUGAUUAAGUUUAUAUGUGUAUGUGCGAAACAGUGAGUGAGUCUGAACUGAAUGUAUCCUAACUUACUAUCUACUUUAAAGCUCCUUUUCAUAUCCGCUAUCAUUCCUUUAUCCAUUCGGCCCCUGCUCCCUUCUUCGGUCGGGAGAUGAGAGAUUCCCUCGAACAAAUUUUACCAUGGCCCGUUGGGAAGCGGUUGAAAACCAAACAUCCCUACUAGCCUCUUAACAUUAAUACUCGCUUUAAAACCACAACAUCCAAACCACUUGUCUCUCACUCGAAUCUCGCUAAAUGAAGAAUUAAUAUCUGAGCGCGAAGCGCCAAACCGUAAAGGCGUAAUUACGAUGCCACACAAUAAAUUGCCACCCCCAUCCGCCCACCUGCUUUCUCACGGCUUCACGAGGUUCACGUGGUAAAUCCUAUAUUAAUUAGUCGCAUCAGGCAAGCUGGCAGUUCAAGACAGGUCCCGGCUAGGAGGUUAUGCGAAUCCUAAGACAUUCCGUGCACAGCAUCUUCUGGGACGCAGUUGUACAUUCGCUAAUAACCGCUUUUGCACUUCGUCGACUCUCGUUAGUGGGCGACGUGAAACGCUGCUGCUUCGCUGGAAUUUUCGCCGGCAUCUUGGAAACAGUUGUCGACGGCGGCGGUCAGCUUUGGCACGAAUUCAAUUAAGACCGUUGCCGCCGUUACGACGUAGGAUGGAACCGUCAUCGCGGAAAUAUAUACGUGUGCUACUCGUGGAGGCGUUCACAUGCACACGGGAUUGCCAUCAACAUAAGUGUGCUUGACUUUGAGUCCUUUGAAAAUUGAAUCUUCUUCAGUUUGAUUCCCAGGAACUUUGGAGAGAAAUGCAUGAAACCAAGAAAAUAGACGAAAGGUAAAGAAAUCGAAAAUGAGAGAUAAAAGAUAAAAAAUGAAAGAGAAAAAAAAACUGAGAGAUGAAAGAUGAAUAAAGAAAGAUUAGAGAUGAAAAGAGACAUAAUUAAUCAAAAAUUGAGAGUUGUUAUAACACAAAUGAAAAGAUAUGAAUACUGAAUUAAAAAUUGUGAAACAAAGAAUGAAAAAGCGUAAAAUCACCUGCGGUCAGCUUCGAUCCUAAAAGUUCAAUUUCAACACAUCUACUGACAAUGCACAACAUUGGAAUUGCUCGAUAUUCUUCCCUGCUUUGUGACAUACCAAAUGCCCAUAUAUUGCAUAUAACAUGAGUUAUUCUCUUCAACAGAUCCACAAAAAUGCACAAUAAUAACUCCCUGCACUUCAUCUCCCCUGGUGAAGGCCGUGCAAGCAUAACUGCCUUCCGAAUAUGCAUGGCUUCCCCAUAGAAAAUAUACAUUUCAAUCCUCCAUAUUCAAAACAAUUUCCACUCAAGCGGAACAUCAAACGGACCCUUUUCCGGGGGCGCACCUGCUUCUGGCUUGAUUGGCAGUGCCACUGGCUUUACCACUUGACCGUGAACCUUCCAUACCCGAGUCCCAACCCGACCGCUCUACUUAUUCUAUUUUCAUUUUUCGUGUAACUGCUCCGAACCAUCACAAUUGACUACCAUCAAAGUUCAAACUUCAAACGAGCCGAAACCCAUCCCCGCGUAAAAAUUUGUUUUCGCUCAACCGAAAAUGCGAGACACCGUCAAAAAACGGUUUUUCAGAAAAAAAAGUGAACCGAAAAGUUAUCAAUAAGCAUAUACGCAGCAAGCUAAUACAGGUAUGAACAACUAACCAACAAACAAAGCAAAAACUCAACAAAUCAGUAACAUCAGACAGAGAAUUACAUAUUGCAAUUCGAUUAACGCGUUCGACGAGAGCAACAUAAGCGCAAAUGUAAACGUCAAUCUUGAACAAGUUUAAUGAAAAGUGUAAAAUAUAUAUACAACAAACAUCAGCAGCUGCAUUGCGCACUUUGUGUUCGUGGCUGGAAAAGAAAAUUUAAACCAACAAAAAAAAACUAAUAUUUAAUAUCUACUGUAAGAACAAGGAACAUUAACGGUGACAAACUUUUAAAAAAAGAUAAGAGAAAACCCAAACUGUGAAUACUAAUUGUUGAUAGUUUAUUUUGAUCCUGUGUUAAUAGUUGAGGGUAACCGAACCUAGUGAAGACAAAACUCCGACAAAGUAACGGCCAGCUGGAAACUGUUCAUGAAACCACGUGAUGUAGCCCUGGACCUGAAUCCGAUUCGGAAGGCGAGUCCAGUAAAUUAGGUCAAAGUGUAAGUAGAUUGAAGUUCCUACUGUGUUCUUCUUUUCCUGUGUAGGUGAUUCUUUUCCUCAUCAUCGUCCCGGGGCAAACAAAACAACAACGGCACUCGGCAAACUCCAUUUUCAAGUAUGGUUUGUACUUUACCCUUUCCCUCGUAUUCCCAGAAAGCAUUCUCAACAAAAAUGAACAACAAUCUUGUAUCCUGAGCCAAAAGUCCCAUCAGCCGGGAAGAAAAAAAUAAGAAGAAAAGUAAAAAUUCACACAGCACAAAGAACUUUGACUGCGGGACGGGUUACGUGCGCUGCAGUCGAAGCUAUAAGAAAAUUAUUUUGCAUAAUCCCCCGAUCCUAGACCGUGUCUCUCUCUCUCUGGAUCUUCCGGACGGUCGCGCCCACGGGGGUGAACGGGACCAAAAGUCCACUUUGUCCGUUAGAGUAAACUUUGGCCCGACGGCCAAGUCGGCGGGGAAGGGUGGUCCGCCCAAUUUCAGAUAUGAUAAAUUGUUUCAUUCUGUCGGCUUGGGCCUUCCUGGCUUUGGGGAUUGCCGGCGGCCCGGCUAACGAUGGUGCCAAGAUGAUAUAGCAAUUUGUGUAUCAUUCAGGGUUUUCUGCACUGUGCCAAGCGCGGAACAAGCACCCGGGUAGUCUGCCAGCCGGCAGUGGCCUAGUAGAGAUUUGAUUACAUUGUUUAUUGUUGUUUGGUUUGUGUUGUUUUGUUUGCAGCUGAAUACGGAUGUGUGUUUGGGUGCAGUGGAACUUCGGGCUGCCUCAAUUGCGAGAGUAAUUUCGCAAUUAUUCGGACGGAAGCUACCUGCACCGGUAUUGAGUGCUAGCGGAAAUGUUUGAUUGGGGAAGUGAGUUCUUUUUUAUUUGCUCGAGAAUAAACAGAACAUGAUCGAACGGGGAUGAGUUAAUAUGGUGAAAUAAAAAUAUUCGAUUCUUCUAAUGUUUCGUACUCAUAAAGCUAUUAAAUUUGUUAAUUAAAUUAUGCAUUGUUUUAAAGUGUUAUAAAACAGUUUUCGCACUACUGGUCAUUACAAAAAAAAAAUUGCACAGAAUUCAUUUUAUUUUGAAGUUAGAAUCGAGACGAUAACAUAGGUGUAGAGAAGUAAAAACUUGUGAGCAAUUCUCACUAAAACAAGCCCUUCAACUAAUAUUGAAAACAUCGAAAACAGAUUGCACAACUUUACUUUGAUUCGAAUCGAUAGACCGAAGCAUCGCCAAAGAGUAGAACAGUUUUAGAGCAAUUUAAUAAUGAAGAUGGCGGCCAAACUCUAAUGAGCGGCCAUAAUUUCGAUCACUUCAUAUGAAAGCCGUCCCGAUCAAACGAUUAUAACAAACUGGUAACACAAAUAUAUCUGAGCUUGGUAGAAAUAACAAAGCGUGUAAUAUUCUCGAUAUGCCAGAAUGAUAAAAAGUACAGAAUUAUAUCUUAUUCUGCUAUUAUACACCUGAGGCAUAUUUAUAACAAAAUUUGUUAUUAAAUUGACAAAAUAUUGUACAUUCUAGCUUAUUCUAAUCUUUUUCUGCCAAAAACCUUACAAAACUUGCUAUAAUUUGUAAUAAUCAGUAAGUAAUUUUGAUAGGAAUUUUGAUAUUUCAACUAUUAACGAGACCAAGUUUAGAACACAAGUUGAUACGAAAAGUUCGUCACAAAAUGACAAGAUUUGUUGUAAUCCUGAUAUUUUUGACUGAUCGGGGUACUACAAUGAUGUACUGUUUGUAAGAACUUUAAUAACAAAUUUCAGUGAUUUGGCUCGAUUAGAACAUCAAAAACGGUUAAAAACUUUUCAAAAACCUAUGCAGAAUCCUGGGUCAUGAGAGACUACAAAUUCAAACGGAAAAAUACUGAGUAAUAUUUUUGCUAUAUUUAUUAUCAAUUUAGCACAUUGAUUUAAAAAUUUCAAAAUCUUGUGCAAAUAUUAGCUUAGACUAAUGAAAAUUGCUCUGCAUCAAAAUUAUUUUAAAUUAAGUUUUGAAUUAAAAUUAAUUACUUCAUCAAUCAGAACUAGCGGGUUGAUGCCCGCCGUUUUCGACUCGAUUACGGUUCCCGCUCUUCUAAUAUUUUCCUGAAGGACGAUAUCAAAGAGCAGUUAGAGAAGUACGCCACCCUUUCUCUCCCUUUUUCACGACUCAAAGAGAUUAGAGUGUACCAUAGAACAAUUUUCAUCAUUGGAUUCAUGUCCGUCGGUUUGUCUAAAAAGCGUAUUGCGGUUUAGUUUGACAUUACCACUCUCGGUCUACUACAUCGUACGCAGCCUUAAAAUCGAUGUCUGGGCUAGUAAUUUUCGCAAGAGUUUUGUGAGAUCGCUUGAGUAGCUCUAAUAAAUCCCGAAGUAUUCACUUCUAUUACUUCGAUUUCACAUACGCAGUUUAAAAAUGAUUUUGUAGGAUCUUGAAUGUAUUUAAACGAAAACUCAAUUUCCAAUAACAACAAAAUUAGCCAAAGAAAUGGUUUAUUAGUAAAGUUUCAAAAACAACUGCACUUAGGAAUGUUUUUAAUUAGAACAUUUCCAUUUAAAUAAAAUAAAAUAAUAAAAUUCGAUGCUUGCUGUCAUAACUUUACUUACACUACUUUUGCGGCGACAGACCGGUGAUCGAUUCAGUGCUGAAUCUAGAUUGCGUCGCUAUGCCACUCGGUCUUGGGCUGCUAUCCUCUAAUCGUCUCUAACACGUAUUCGUAGCCAUGGGAGAAUAAAUGUCUUAUAGAGUGCAUAUUUGGCACAGGUUCGCGAGCUGCGGAAUCUUUGCUGGUUACGCAAUCCAUAUAGGUCCUUUCUGCUGCCACUAUUCACCUCUAUAUUUCACGGCUAACCCCAUUGUAGCACCUCUCCAAUGUACGCAGGUAAAUAAAUUCAUCAACCACUUCAAAUGAUUCCUCAUCAAUCACCAACGCAGCACCAAAAUUAGACGCUUUCUACCAGCUACCAUGUACUUCGUUUUGGUAGAGUUGAUGACGGGAUCCAUUCUCACUGCAUCCCUCUUGGGAGCUCCGAAAGUCGUCAAAAAUGUCGAGAUUUCGAUAUCGUUCGCGAAACCCCUUCAUAUGAGACUUCGUAAUGACGUUGCCAGCCCUCCAAAUUGCACCUUCCAAUGUGAUGCUGAACAAUGUAUUUGACAACCCAUCUCCCUACUUAAAACCAUCUAAAUUCACAGAAGCGUUCGAUAUCUCACCGUUAGGACAUGACGCAUUUUGUAAAACCGUCAAGGGUUCAGGAAUUCACCUCCAAGCAUAGUCAAACUCAUUUUUCUUUACUGAACCGUACGCUGCCUUGAAGUAUACAUACAGAUGGUGAGUCAGCAGCUUCAAUUCUCGAAAUUUAACGAGAAUUUGUCGCAAAAUGAACAUUUGGUCUGUAGUGGAGCAUCCCGGUCGAAAAUGUCAUUGGUAUUCAAUCACGAAAAUUUCCUGCAACAACCUCAGUCUGUGGAUGCGGGAGCCACGACAGUUGCUAGAGUCGAGGUAAUGUCGUUUACAACACUUGGUCUCCUCCAAUCAAAUGCAGGUUACAGAUAACAGGGACUGCCACAGUUUAGUACCUGAUUCCGUUGAUUGUCUUAAAGAAGCUUCUCGAAUCGUACCAGGAAAAAAAGCCCGCCUCUGCCUUCGCAAGAGCACGCUCCCAGUCGAAGUCUUAUUCCAGCGGCUCUAGCUGCUCGAUAUAUUUCUCCGCUCUGACGCUUCUCACCCGCUGCCAACAUGUGAACUCUGCCACGGAUCUGGUGGAUCGUACUGUAAAUAUUGCUCUACUGUUCGUUCUGGUCUCCUCUCAUUCACUCAUCUAUCCGCUAAUCAACUUUCUGCGAGUACUCCGCAGCCAGUCCUCCAAGUAUAUUAAAAUAAAAUAUUAUUUAAAAAAAUCUAACGAUUAAGUGCAGAAGUUCGUCAGUUGGUUUAGCUAGUACUUAUGUGCUAGAAUUCUACGAGAACGCAUUUAUUCCUGCAGUUUGUCACAGUUUUCAAACAGCUCCGGCGUUCCACAAGGCAGCAAAUAACUGUUUAUACUAUUUUGAACGACGUAUGCUUACUGCUGGAUGUUGGUUUUAAGCCAGUAUAUGCAGACGAUAUAAGGUUGUGUUCAAUAAUACGCUCCAUCGACGACUGUUGGCGGUUGCGAGAGCUUUUGGAUUCGUUUGUUUAUUGAUGUCACAAAAACUAAUUGAAGGUUAGCAUUGGUAAGUGUCAAAUAAUGGACUUUCACCGCAAAACUUCACUAUCAAAUAAGCAACCAGCAUUCAAUCUACAUUGUAUUAACAUAUUCGCUAAAGCAGCAAGAAAACUUGAUAUUGUUUUCAAUAUUGCUGGUGAUGUUAUGUCCUGUACACUAAACAGUUGGCCGCGAAGUAUGUGUAUAAGAAACAGAAGGUCGAGUUCCGAAUCAGAAUGUAACACCAAGGCUUUUCUUUGUUUUUAGGAUUGUAGCGCUAGCCUGUGCACUAAACAGUUAGCUGCGACGCGUCACAGCCGUAGUCAAGAUGUGAGCUCUGGCUCGGUGCUUGCUGAUAUAUCUCCACUGUUCGUUUAGGUCUCCUUGAACUUGCUCAUCGAUCCGCUAUUGAACUUUGUGCGAGUACUCUGCAGCCACUUCUCCGGUUGAUGUCCAACCGGAUCUUUCUCGUUUACCUGGAUUUCAAUACGAUGGUCAGCUGGGUGUGGAUUUUGCAUGAUACGAGAUAGUGAUAGAGUCUAAGUCAACGUUUGGCUCUUUGAACGACCUAACAUCUGUAACGCCAGUAAAGUACCAACCAAUGAUUAGAACAUGGUCGAUUCCAGAAUAGACCAUCUGGGUGUCUCCAUGUGUGCUUUCGAAUACUCCGGCGUGCGAAAAAAAAAUAUCCCAGAAUAAGCCUCAGGCUAUUGUCGUUCGCAAUAGAGUGGAGUCUUUCUCUGCCAAUUUCUGUACUUCCGCCACUGCACCUACAGGAUAGCUUCCAUUUACCUUCUCAGCCCUUUCUAACUUGGAAACUUGCGCUUGGCAGUUCAAGUGGAGUCCUUACAUUCGAAGUACCAAGUUUACAAUAAUCGUUAGCCUUUUUAUCGUUCGUAGUAUUUUAUAGGUUACCUUACUAGGGCUGCGAUGCCUGGACUCGCGACAGUAUUGCUAUCUUAGAUAUAACUGGCACUGCAUUUCAUAAUUCAGUUACUCGCUCCGGGUCAGACGAUGUUGUACGCCGCCCCUCUUAUGAAGAAACAACCACGUACGAACUAUUUUCUCAGUCAGCAUACGACCCCUAUUGCUAAUGAGAGUUGGUUCCCAACAAAUUCAAAAAAAAAUUUAAUAUCACUGACGCAGAACAGAAUUAGUGAACCGCGAACUUCGGUUUUUCUUUAGCGUUUACAGAUUCAGAUGCAUGCAACGUGCUUCAUACGAUGAAAGAGGCAAUCCGGCCUGAUCCAAGUUGAAAUGUGCGUUAAAAAUAACGGCAUCUCCCGCCGGGGAUGGUUUAAGCUGACUGAUGACCAAUAAGGAAGAAUUCUAGGCGAUUUUGGGAAAUCUCAUAGAAUAAAUAAACACAUAUUAGAUAUGCUGUUGGUUCAUUUGAUUCGUUGGACCUAACGCUACCCAUCAAAUCCUGUGCAAAACUCACGCCAUCUUUUUACUCACUUUCAACCUGCUCCUGGUUUCAAAUCCUGGUCGUUUUUGGAUACCUUUCCUAUUUUCUGGACCGCCCAAUAUUUUUCUAUUGGGCGAAGUUCUGAAAGUUUGACAGAUCAAAAACAAUAUCGUUUUUCAUAAUGACACGAUGUCAGAUCCGACCAAAACGUGGGAGCGGAGGCGCUUUUGGAGGUAUACCCGGGAGGAGCCCGGGAAUCUGCUUGGUGUCCAAUUUAAUGUACGUUUUGCUGUCUAUUACGAUCUUUUCUGGCUGCAACAACCACCCGCAGUACUGCUUCUUGACACUGAAUUUGGCCACUGCAUUCUGUGUAUCGAUUCGAUUAGGCACCUUGAGGUCAUGAAGUCUGACCCGCUUCAUUAUCUGCUGGACAAAUCAGACGAAAGAAAUGACCUUCUUGGUUCCCUAACGAAUCUCUACGCAUCUCGACGUCUGGAAUGUCCACGAAAUGUCCUCAGCACUUCGUGCUUAGAAGGCGAUAAUCAGUAGACAGAUUGUGUCGAAAAUUCGGUCUUGUAAACAUAACAUUCUAAACAUUCUAAAGUUUUUCUCAAAGUUUAAUCAAUUUUUACUCAUGCAAUGAAAAGUUAUACAAACAGAAAAUGUAGAUUUUUUUUCGAGUUUAAUUUAUCCUAGGAAUUUCUUAUAAAGUUCUCAGCACUUUCAAUAAACCAUUCAACGCAACUACUAAAAUCAUUUGUUUGGGAUUGUAUAAGUAAAUCCAUUUGGAAUCAAAAUAAUUUCAAUGAUAUUAUAAUUUAUAUAUGCGGGUAGCUUUGGGGCCAUCCACAUACCACGUGAACAGCUUAAUGGUGUGGAGGGGGGAGGGUAUGUGUAAUGUCCGCGGUUCAUACAAAAU